AUGAAGAAAACUAAGUGCAUCAGGAAGAUCUACGAUCGGCCUAACGUUCACAAGGAAAACAUGCCGCUUAGGCACAUUGUCUCCCUUCGCGUCAUUCCUAAGUACGGAUUGGCAAAAUGGAUGUUCACCCACCUCAAGUUCCUGGCAGUAGGAUCGUCAACAACUGUCGCUUCUGCCAAACAGUUCCUCGAGCUAAUAAAGCAUCUGAAGGUUGAACCAGAAAAAUCCUUCGAUGUUGUCUCACUCUUCACUUCCAUCCCACAACAGCUAGCGAUUUAUGUUGUGGCACAACUCCUAUCCGAACGCUACGAUCGGAGCGACAAACCACUUAAGCCUGCACGUCUCAAAACGUACUUCACCUUUGGUGGACAAAUUUCUUAG